UCAAUAUUUACUCAGUGUUAAAAGCAUGUGGCAUACUGAAGCAUAAAUCAGUAUAUAUAUUUUCUCAUAUAUAUUUUAAAAUUCUAUUAAAACUACGCAAUGGGAAAGAUAAAGUUUAAUACGGCGCACUCGGGAGUCGAGCUGCAUCGUUUGCUGCAUUCGAAACUAAAGCCAAGUCUUCCGGCCCGGAAGUCCUCCAUAACACUGAUACUGCAAGAGAGCAAGCGGCGCAGUAUUAAAUUAUUAGGAAAUAUGAAAAAGACUUUACGAGUAAACCAGAAUUUCAAGUUAAAGAACGUCAAGUCCACAAAGCUAAAGAAACGGCUGCUAAAACGCCUUGUCUACAAAAUACAAGCUGCUAAGCGUGACAGGAAGCUGGCGGCAAGGCUUUAUGACUUAAAAAGACAAUUCAAGGCGAAGACAGCACUUAAAAAGGAUUCAAAAUGUUCAAAGCAAACUUUGCAGCAGAUGUUUCUGUUUACCUUAUCAAACAGAUCCCGGAAACCCCAAUUGAUCAAUGGGUUAUGUCUAAUGUUGACUCUGAGCUACAUGAGGAGCUGUGUGAAUGUAUCGAUAAACUUAUCGAUAUAAAGAUAAUGAAAGUGUUGCCGCUUCAACGAAUCCAUGUGGAGUUCCAACAGCCGCUAAUCCAGUUUGUGACUUACACUGCGGAACCGCUAAGAGGACGUCGCCUUGAAUGCGAUUUGACCAAACUUCCCACACGAUGGGAAUUGCUAUGGAUUAUGCUGCAGAGCGACAGGAUCAUAUAUAACGAUCUUUUCUAUAUACGUCAGCAACUAAGAAGGGAUCCGGAAGUUUCCUCUAUAUGCAGACCCACACAUAUGGCACAGUCCACCAACAGACAAAAUCCAUGCCGUCUCCUAGGAAUGUUUCUUAUGUGUCUCAGUUUCUUUGCCCUGAUGUUUGCAAUCUUUGGUCAGUCGUUUUAUGGACCCACCAAGACAUUUACGUUUUGGGAAUGGUUUUUAAGCAAAUUGGAUUAUUUUCUGCGCCUAUAUUUCUAUAUUGAUAUCAACAGUUAUUAAGCAAAAUUGUCAUUGUUGCGUUUUGUUUAGCUACAAACUAGCUUUAAAUGUUCAGGAAAUAAAGUUAAAUCCGGCUCGUUA